UAUAAAGACGCUGAAAAAAAAAACAUUUUCUGAUUGGGUGCAGUUCCUCAUUUCGACUGUAUUUACUAUGGGAUACAGACGAAAUGAAUCUGAUUGGAUCAUAUGAGAGAAAAUAUUCAUAUCCUUUGGCAUUCCAGAGUCUCUGCCCGGCUGAGGAAGUGUCCUUUUAGGGAAUGUGGACAAUUUCACAACGCAUAGACUGACUUCCGUUUGGGUUGGGUGUGCGUCUGUUAGGGUUCUGUUCUGUGUUUGGUAAACGUACAUUUUUAGCUCAGACAUAUAUAUAUAUAUUUGAGAACGUAAUAUAAUUCCGAUUUUAUUGACUUCUUUUAUUUGGAUACAACCGAGAAACAAGAAGAUGUCGAAGUCUUUAAAGAAAAUUGUGGAAGAAAGUCGAGAAAAGAAUUUGCCCGAAGUAGAUAUGUGUGAUAGGGGAGUCUCCAAUAUGCUGGACAUCCCUGGUCUCUUCACCUUAUCUAACAUCACUCAGCUGGUCCUCAGUCACAAUAAACUUACAACUGUUCCACCAAACAUCGCUGACCUGAAGAACUUGGAGGUGCUAAAUUUCUUCAACAACCAAAUAGAGGAGCUUCCCACACAGAUCAGCAGUCUUCAGAAACUCAAGCACCUCAACCUGGGUAUGAACAGGCUGAGCACUCUGCCACGAGGCUUCGGUUCCCUGCCUGCGCUGGAAGUCCUGGACCUGACGUACAACAACUUGAAUGAGUCUUCACUGCCAGGAAAUUUCUUCUAUCUCACCACCCUGCGUGCACUCUAUCUCAGUGACAACGACUUUGAAAUCCUACCUCCAGAUAUCGGGAAGCUCACGAAGCUGCAGAUACUCAGCCUUAGGGAUAAUGACCUGAUUUCCCUGCCCAAGGAGAUUGGGGAACUGACUCAGCUCAAGGAGCUCCACAUUCAAGGCAACCGACUCACUGUUCUCCCCCCCGAACUGGGUAACCUGGAUCUGACAGGGCCCAAACAGGUGUUCAAGGCAGAGAACAACCCAUGGGUCACCCCCAUCGCAGACCAGUUCCAGCUGGGAGUCUCUCAUGUCUUUGAAUAUGUUCGCUCAGAAACCUACAAGUAUCUUUAUGGGAGGCACAUGCAAGCCAACCCAGAGCCUCCAAAGAAGAGCAACGACAAGUCAAAGAAGAUCAGCCGCAAGCCUUUGGCAGCUAAAAACAAAUGAGGUCACCAAGUGUGUCCUUGCAUGUGCCUUGUCCUUUUCUGUUAAUCAAGUAUUGUUUUUCGUUCUUUGUUUUCCUUUUUACACCUUGUGUUUCGAGACCUAUGCUAACCUGUUGCUAACCUGUAUGCACCACACACUUAUCAGUUUUGUUUUUGCCAUAUUAUCUUAUCUCACUAAGUG